GACCAAGCUAGACUCCGGGAAGGGGAAAGGGAAGGGACUGCGAAAAAUGGCGGCGACGGCGAGACAAAAAGAGGUGGCGACGCUGCCGAAUCUCAUCAGAAGCCUCAGAAAGGAUCGCCGGAGGCCAGGACUCAGCCAGCCUCUGCCGUCGUUGAGACGCGCGUUUUCACUUUACGAUCAGAUCAAUCUCGAAGAUCAGCUUCGCUUUCAACGGUAUACUGAGACGGGUUUUACGGUAAAUGGAGUGGAUUAUGAAGGGAGCUUGCUCUGCGUUGGGAGCUUAUUAAUGUCGUGGAGUCCCAGGAAAUUUUCGGAGAUUACGGCGGAGAGUUUGUCUAUCUUCCAGAUUGUGCGGCCUAUUCCAGAAAUUCUACUACUUGGCUGUGGGAAAUAUACUGAACCAGUAAAUCCUGAAUUAAGGCAAUUCAUUCGUUCCACUGGCAUGAAGUUGGAAGCUGUAGACACGAGAAAUGCGGCAUCAACAUAUAAUAUUCUAAAUGAGGAAGGAAGAAUUGUGGCUGCAGCACUUCUGCCCUAUGGAGUUUAUUCUUGAUGCCCACAGCCAAGCUCCACAGUCAUUCCUAUGGAUAUUUCUCAAUGUGCAGGAUUCUUCUAGCCCUCAAAUCUUACAAGUAUUCCUAA